CUCUUCAAACAAAUGGCCCGAGCAGGCCAACGUCCGGUGACGGCACCCACCAUUUACACAUACAGCAUACUGAUUGAUUGCUGCCACCGUGCGCGCCGCCCGGACCUAGGGCCUGCCUUCUUCGGCCACCUCCUCAAGACAGGUAUCAGGGAGGAUGUCAUCACUUUCAACAAUUUAUUGAAGUGCCUCUGUGACAUGAAGCGAACGGAGGAGGCUCUGGACGUGCUGCUCCACAGGAUGCCCGGCGACCUUCCUAAUGUCAUCACCAGACGUGGCCACUCUCCCGAUGUGGUUUCAUACAACACGGUAAUUGAUGGCUUCUUGAAAGAGGGUGAAAUAAGCAAAGCUUUGGAUCUAUUCCAUGAAAUGAUACAGCAGGGGGUUGUGCCUAAUGUGGUGACAUAUAGUUCCAUUAUUGAUGGGCACUGCAAAGCAAGAGCAAUGGACAAGGCAGAGGGGGUCCUUCGGCAAAUGGUCGAUAAUGGUGUUCGGCCGGAUACCGUGACAUAUAAUAGCCUGAUCCAUGGAUAUUCCACUUCGGGCCAGUUGGAAGAAGUCGCUAGGUUGUUGGAAGAAAUGAGAACUCAAGGUAUCAUGUGGGACGUUUUUACUUGCAACUCAUUCAUGGACUAUCUUUGCAAGGCCGGAAGAAUCAAAGAAGCUGCAGAAUUAUUUUAUUCCAUGGCUGAAAAGGACCAUAAACCCGAUGUUGUCUCAUACAGCACGCUUAUUGAUGGCUUCUUGAAGGAGGGUGAAAUAGGCAAAGCUUUGGAUCUAUUCCGUGAAAUGAUACAGCAGGGGGUUGUGCCUAAUGUGGCGACAUAUAACUCCAUUAUUGAUGGGCAGUGCAAAGCAAGAGCAAUGGACAAGGCAGAGGGGGUCCUUCGGCAAAUGGUUGAUAAUGGUGUUCGGCCGGAUACGGUGACAUAUAACAGCCUGAUCCAUGGAUAUUCCACUUCGGGCCAGUUGGAAGAAGUCGCUAGGUUGUUGGAAGAAAUGAAAACUCAAGGUAUCAUGUGGGACGUUUUUACUUGCAACUCAUUCAUGUACUAUCUUUGCAAGACCAGAAGAAUCAAAGAAGCUGCAGAAUUAUUUUAUUCCAUGGCUGAGAAGGGCCAUAAACCUGAUGCUGUCUCAUACGGGAUUAUGCUUCAUGGUUAUGCUACAGAAGGAUCCCUUGUUGAUAUGAAUGAUUUCCGUGAGCAGAUGGUACGAGACGGAGUUGUACCCAGUCUCAGUGUUUACAACAUACUGAUUGGUGCAUAUGCUAAGUGCGGAAAGAUGGACACAGCAAUGCUUGUCUUCGAAGAUAUGUUGAAGCAUGGUGUGAACCCUGAUCAGAUCACAUAUUUAAUUGUGAUAGCUGCAUUUUGCAGAAUGGGCAGGAUGGAUGAUGCCAUGGACAAAUUCAGUGAGAUGAUUGAUAUGGGAGUACCACAUGACACUGAUGUUUAUGAGUGCAUGAUCAAGGGUUACUUUAGACAAGGUGAUUUGGUGAAAGCCAACGAAUUGUUUACUGAAAUGAAGAACAAGGGUAUUCGGCGUAGGUCACAGAAGGGUAGUGGAAGAACACACUAUGUUUGACUUUAUUAUCCGCGCUGGUUAGAGGCCUGAUCAUGUUAUAUUUACUUCAAUGAUCGAUGAAUAUUGCUUAGUUGCCAAUAUGGAGAAAGCAUUCAGAGUAAUUGAUACUAUGGUAUCAGAUGGCAUGAGCCCUAGCGUUAUUACUCAUCACUUGUUCCUUAGCAUGUUUAUGCUCUCGCUGUCUUGAUGUUCUCCAAAUACUUUGUUAUUAUGAUUGGUCUAAUGAAUCAAGUAUUAUGGUUGUUAA